AUGAAAAAUAACGAUAAUAAAUGGCAGGUAUUUGAUAAAACUAUAGGAACACAAUGCACGGAGACACACGCAUUUGGUACUUGGCACGUAGACAAAACCAGCAUACCACCGUGCAAAUUUGUCAAUAUUGAUGUAAUUUCUAGUGACGACAAUUUUCCAAUACAAGAAUCUCAAAGAAAUGAAAAUCAGAUAGAUAACAGACACGAAUACGUAUCUCCUGUUAUUAAUACUUCAGAAACGAUUGAAACUACGUCAAACAUCACAGAAUUGUCAUCAAUAUCAAAUAAUGAAUUUAGAAACUCGGAACAACUUGCAUACAGAAAUGAAUCGUUAAAAUAUUUAGGUGAACCUUUAGUUAAAUUCAAGGAUAGUAUGCUUACCAAAAAGAACAUGGAGGAAAGUAGUGCACUUACAAAAUACUCAUCAAACCUAGAUCAUAUUUAUGAAGAAGUCAAUGCUCUCGAAUGUGAUAUUAUGGAUUAUUAUGAAAAGUAUAGUCCUACCACUGCAAAAACUUUGAUAAACACACUUUUUCUUCCACGUCAUAAAAUUUGUAAGCAAUGUGCCAGCUUACAGGACAGUCCAGUAUACUCUGAUAAUUUGAUAUAUGCAAAGAAAUCAUUACAUGCAAAAGAGGUUCGUUUGUUACAACAAAACGACAUCAUAUGUUUUGCAUAUUGUUCAGUAGAUGGGAAAUUUGACAGUACUUUAUUCUCGCAAUACAAUAAUGUUCAGCAUUGCUUGUUAGUUUAUAAUUGUCUAAAAACUAAUGCAUCUAGUAUAUUUUAUAUUUACAGUCCACUACAAGAUGUUUUUGAUUUAAAAACAGCACUGAAACCAAAUAUUCUCAUAAGUAGUGGUACAAAGGGAGUAGUAAAUACUGAACUAUAUCACCGUUGUGCAAGUAAUUUUUACACAAGAAUAUCGAAUCAAGGCAUUGCACCUAUGAUAUUUCAUAUUAAUCACAACAAUAUUCUGAACUCUAUAAAACAUGUUGGAUACGAUACUGAUUUGCAAAAUUGGAUGAAUUAUCGUAACGACAUAUUUCGUUCACAUAGUUUUAAGCAAGACCAUGUUCCUGAUCAUAGAGCGAAUAGAUCCAGUUUAUUAUUAUUAGAACCAUUAUUGCUAAUGCCAGAAUUAGGAAGUUCUAGGUACAGGCACGAGAAAAAUCGCAUUUCACAAUCAGAACACAUGAAAAUAGUAAAAAUAGUAAUUGCAUAUACUCUUUCUUUCUUUAUAUUAGCCACAAUCACAUUUUAUAUAGUUUAUUUCACUUAAUAUAUGUAUAUGUAAGAGAUGCUUAUUAGAACUAACCAGAAGAGUUUUGAAUACUAAAUUUAUUAUUUCAAAUUAUGCUAUAAAAAUUACGUUAUUUAAAUGAAAAUAUAAUGAAAUAAAAUUGUACAAAAAGAAAUGAAAUGAAAUGUAACAUAAAGUGAUAAUAUCUAUUUUCAAUUUUAAUAUGGACUUUAAUACUUAGCACCCAUUCUAUACGUAUUUUAAAGUUAUAAAAUAAUGCAGUUGAACAAUAAUACAAGGUUAUUAAGAAUUUUUAUUACUUGUUGAUACAUGAAAUAUCUGUUAGUGGAUACUAUUAAUAUUGCACGCAUAUUUUAGAUACACGUUUUGUUAAUCGUUUUUAUAUUGUGUAUUAAAUAUUCCCAAUAAAGUUAAUAUACACAA